GUGCUGAAGGGCUUCCCUGACUGCCUGCAGGCAGAUAUCUGCCUCCACCUCAACCGCACGCUGCUCCAGAACUGCAAGGCGUUCCGAGGGGCCAGCAAGGGCUGCCUGCGUGCCCUGGCCAUGAAGUUCAAGACAACUCAUGCCCCUCCUGGAGACACCCUGGUGCACUAUGGAGAUGUCCUCACCACACUCUACUUCAUCUCCCGGGGUUCCAUCGAGAUCCUCCGGGAAGACAUUGUGGUGGCAAUCUUAGGGAAGAAUGACAUCUUUGGGGAGCCCAUCAGCCUCUACGCUCGCCCAGGGAAGUCCAACGCUGAUGUGAGGGCCUUGACCUACUGUGACUUGCACAAGAUCCAGCGUGAGGACCUGCUGGAGGUCUUGGACAUGUACCCAGCCUUCUCUGACAACUUCUGGAGCAACUUAGAGAUCACCUUCAACCUGCGAGAUGCAGACAGCGUUCCCCGCUCACCGCUCAGCGAGGAGUACGACUGCACCUACCGCCGGGCACGCCGACGCAAGCAUUCCCUCUGCCAGUCCAACAAGCCUGACCCAGACACGGGCAUCUCUGAUGCAGAGCAGUAUCACACCUACUCAGAGCUCACCAACCCGCAGGACCCGCUGAGUAAGGACCAGUGGGACGACGUGGGCAGCAGCACCUCUCCCUGCUCCCAGACCAGCGAUGACGAGGCCAAGACUGGCAGUCCUGUGAAAGCUGAGCCCUUCCCCUCACCCAAAAAGGAUGACUUUGCUCUGCCCUCACUCAGCCUUGUCACCACCAACGCCAACGACGUGGAGGUUGGCAAGCAGGCGGCAGAGAGCAGCCAGUCCUACGCAGCCACCCCCCCAGACAUCCCCAACAUGUUCACCUUCUGGGAGGACCGAAGGCCAAACCACCCUCCGGAGUCUUUGCAACACAUCUCCUUGGUGCACAGCCCACGGGACGUGCCCCUGCACAGUGACUACAGACCGGGGCAGAUCGAGUCCAGGCUGGAGCUCCUGCAGGCCCAGCUCAGCAGGCUGGAAUCCAGGAUGUCAUCAGACAUCAGUGUAAUCCUCCAGCUCCUGCAGCGCCAGCUGUCCCAAGUGCCACCUGCCUACAGCCCCAUCUCGCCGUCCUCCCAGAACCUGGCCAUGUACGGCAUCCUCCCGCGGAGCCUGGAGCCUCUCACCCCCUGCACACCCCUGGAGGACGAGGAGCCAGCCACCCAGGAGCAGAGCCCGAGCUACACGGAGGUAGAAAAGUUCCACUUGAAAUCCAGGGACUCGUUGUCAAGCGGGAUGCACCUCUCUGGGUCACCCGACAAAACCAUGACAGUCUACUCCGAGCAGGAGCACCACUCCCCACCUCUCCCAGACCCAGAGCCUCCCCACCAAAGGGCACCAAACACCCAGGGACUCUUGAGGGGCUCUCGUUUCCCUUCCCUCCCUGAGCACUUGGAGGCAUCUUCCGAGCACCAGGACAUUCAGAGACACCUCUCCGACCCAGUGCUUCCUGGAAGUUAG